AUGGCUCCGUCAAUCAUGUCCCCCGUAUCCACCCCAAUGGAUCUUCAUUUUCAAUCUAAGCGUGUCUACAGCUCCCGUCAGGUCUCUGGCGUUCAUGACGCUGAUAGUGUCUCAACAAUUGGCAUGGGUUCAUCACGAGUGGUCUCAAGGAAGUUCCAGACGGUAGGAACUACAAACAUCACGAGUGUAGUGAGCUCUCUCCAACGUCGUAGUGGCGAGGAGUUGGGUACUGGCACAUCCUCUAGGCUACUCGCAGCGACCCAUGCUACCAUCCUGGAUUGGAUACGCACCCAGCGGAUGAGCUUUCUGCCCCCAGAGGGUAGCGAUUAUGACAAGGUAUUGGCAUGGGCUCAGCUCUUCGUCGAAAGACUGCAUACCUUUGAUCUUGCUAUUGAGCAAUUUGCUGGGGAUAGCUAUCUUGCCGCACAACUGGCCUAUGGGUAUUGUGCCAUGCUCUUGGAGCUGGGCAAGGAGAAUGCUUCUGCCCUAAUGGUAUCCUUCGGGUUCUUUUACACCAUCUCGAUGUCCCUCGGAAACCUACUCGAACGAACGGAGCUGUUCGGUAUUACUCGAGAGGUUCAGGAACAAUUAACUCUGGCUCUAUCUGACCUUGUCACACUUGUUGCUAGCGUGUCUACUUAUUUUCACAAAGCAAUCCGGGUGUCCGAGAUCAGAGUUAUUCGAUCCUGGUUAUCUCCAGAGGAUGCUGUGCUCAGUCGCGUGGCCGAUACCAGUUCCCAUCUUGCCCAUGAUCGCGAAGAGCUCACCUGUCUGUGGAUGGCCCCGUACCUGACCCGCUUUCUGAAAUCCGACAAGAAGCAUCUAUGCAUUGCCGGCCCGCCCGGCUCGGGUAAAACCGUCCUAGCUUCCGUGAUGGUUGACCAGCUCCAACAUCCCCAGGCUGGUGUCUCAUACCACACCUUGUUCAUUUCCGUUAGUAACAGAACCCCGGCACAGGCUAGCCUUGAUGCGAUUGCCAAAUCCCUUCUUCUUCAACUGUUCGAAAAGCGCAUCGGGAACGUACAGCUAUUCCGGAUCCUGAGUGAUGCCCUCAAUCGAAGUAAGGAAACUGCUGAUCAUGAAUCCUAUGACAAACUCCUAUGGGGGGCUGUGGAACAAGCUCUGUCUACCGCUCUUCGGGGAGCCAAGGACUUGGUUGUAGUGGUCGAUGGGAUUGAUGAGGCUUCUUGCCCUGAAACCACGUUACUGGAAAAAUUAACUGCGGUGGCUAGCAAGUCCACAUCGACUAAGUUGAUUACUCUUGGAUCCCAGAGCCCCAAGCCCGCACCGGGCCAAAGUCUUGUCCGGGUCACGGACGACCUCGUUUUUGACGACAUUGCCGCUGUAGUCCGAAGCUGUUUCCGUUCCAGUCCUGUUUUCAACACAUUGCCAUCCAUGGACCAGGAAACAGUGGUGGAACGCAUUGCCAAUGCGUCAAAUUGCUCGUUCCUGUGGGCGAAGUUGAUUGCGAAACGUGCCCGUCAAGAACAGAACGCUGACGGUCUUCGAAAGACGGUGGACUCCUUGAUCACUUCCAAGGUGUCUAUGGCCGAUUUUGUCAGCCAGAGUGUACAGCACACCGAAGUCAGUUUAGAUGCAAAGAUGAUGUUGCUCUGGUUAGCGACCGCCAAUCGUCCGCUGCACGUCAAGGAGCUUUCAGCUUUAGCAUCAAUCCGCACUGACAAGCAGACUAUUUCCGAUGCGCAUGUCGAUCCCUUGCAUACUCUAAAGCCUCUCAACUCGCUGGUCUUCCUCGAAAAUGAUUUGUUCUACCUUCGUCAUGGUCUCAUCCGAACAGCUGUGAUUGAUGUCUUCUCGCAAGGGAAGUUGAUUCCAAAUCUCAAAGACAGACAUGCUGAUCUGAUAACCCGCCUGUUAAUCUACAUCAAAUUGACUGUGACUGAGCAACAUGAGCCGUCGUCUGUCUCCACUCUUGACCAGCACGAUACUAAUACCCUCCUGGAUAAAUUCCCCCUCUUGGAUUUUGCUCUCCGUUACUGGGUGCCGCAUCUUUUACAAACCACUGCAUUUACCAAGGACGAAGCUGGUGCGUCUAAAGAGCUCGCAAAGGUGCUCCCGGCGUCAACUACCUUUGUCCUGCUUCUGAGAUCUGUUUGGGAAAGCAUCGCUACUCCCAAAUUAUUAGCAUACCAAACCUCUGUAACGAAUGUCUAUCGUCGCGUUCUAACAGCUCAAAAUACUGUUACCCUGCAAUCCAUCAUCUGCCUGGCGAAUGUGUACCAACAGAUCAAACGCAUUCCUGACGCGAGCAACCUGUUCCAUGAGGCAGCGUUGACUAGCCAAAAGCUACUUACGAGCCGCCAUAUCGUGACGAUGCAAAUGGUUGCUGUCUUUCUCGAGUUGACAUCUGAAAGGGUUACGGAAUCCAAAACAGAUAUCAUGAUCCAACGUGAAGAGAUGCUCCUUGUUCAGGUGGAGUGCUUUAAGAUCCACUAUGGUACCACCUCGGAAAAGGUGGUAUCCGUGAUGAAGCAAUUGCUAGAGCACUACCAGAUGGUUAAGGAGACAGCAAAGGCCCAAGCUAUCAUGGUAACCAUCCAGUCCAUUACAUCCACUGAGUAUAGUACCUCCGGUACAUCGGGUAGUCUCAGAGUCCAGUUGAUGGGACCUGGAGCGAAGGACCGUAGAGAGAUUGGCUACACGUUGAAUCUCGACAUCGAGGAAGACGCCGUCAUUGAAACUACCGAAUCGUACGAUGUAGAAGCUCUGAUCGAGCUUGCCCAAAGGUAUUUCAAUGAGGGCAAGAUAUCUCUGGCUGAACGCACGUACGUUGAGUUUUGGCAACGAGUGAUGAGAGAUUCUCGCUCGUAUUCGUCGGCAACAUGGGACGAGCAAAAGAUGAAGGUUGUCAUCGCGUAUUCCCAAUUUCUUCAAUCUCAGAAGCGGGAAUACGAAGCAUCCUCCAUCUUGUCAAGCUUCUGGCAAGACUAUGAACAAACUAGCAUGGCUCUAUCUGAAUCUUCUGUGUCUCACCUACAUACAAUUGCCAAAGUGAUGAAGACCGUUGGUCUUUCUGCCAUGGCAUUGACGAUCUUCAAGAGAUGCUCUGAGUACUAUCAGAGUACUCGCAGUACUGAAACAUCCACUUACCAGGAAAUUCAGCAGAGUAUUCAGACCACCACCAAGGAGGUCAUGCAGUCGGCGACUUCUUCCACGUCUGUCGUCUCAGAGUUAACUUUGGAAGAGAUGAUCAUGGAAUGCUCAACCACCACUACUACGCUCGACCAAAACUUUUACCGUUCAACAAAUACGUUGGUUGAUCUGUAUAUGUCGCAACGCCGCUGGCAAAAUGCCGCUCGUGUCAUCAAAAAGGUCCUGCAUAGUGUGUGGCUUGGGUUCUUCGCUCCUACUCCGCAAGAUGUGCUACCCCCACAGGACCAGCUCGAAACAUCCUUGACACUGGCAGAACGCCUAGCACAGUGCUACCAUUCACGUCAUCGCCUGGAAAAGGAGCAAGAUGUUCGUCUGAGGAUAUAUUACGCGCUUCGAUUGGCACGAAAUGUAGACGACAAGCUCAGACAGCAUAGUGUGACUGAGUUGUUGCGUCUACUAGAGCGUACAUCGCAGACUGAAACUAUAAUCACCGUUCACCAGGACUUGCUGUAUGACUACACCAAGCACUACGGCGCUGAGCAUUCCAUGGUCAUCAAGACACUCUGGACUUUGGCUGAAUUAACGAGGCCACGCGCCAUCUUCCUGGACUACUACCAACAGAUCAUUCAGGCAUUGAACAAGGAUGGCCAGAAAUGCCACCCUGAUGCAUUGGAGCCUCUCAACAUAGUGGCAACCGAACUAUGGAACCAAGGACGCUACCCCGAGUCCCUUAAUUACUGUAAAAUUCUGUCCAUUGCAUUCCGAGACCAGCCAAAUCUGAGCACCAAGUUCCAGGACCAGAAAUUUGUUCAGGAGAUCUUCACUCGUUACACUCAUUGUCUGCGUGCCGUCCGCACAGAAUUCUCUACACUCCGCCAGGUCACUAUCGAGUACCAGUCCAAGUGCAAAGCUGUGUUCGGCGCGACGGCAUCCAUCACCAUCCAGUUGACGCUUUCUCUUGCCCAGUUGUGCCAGGAGUCUAAGCAAUACGAACUUGAAGCUAUCAAAUGGUACGAGGAGCUUCUCACCACCAAGUCAGAAGAGAUUGACCGCCAGGAUAUCUCCACCACUCUGGAGGGACUGUAUGAAGAACAAUCAUCCAUUAUCACCGAGAGGUCUGAGUCAGUCUCGUCUACUCAAGUUGAGCAGGCAGCCAAAGUGAUGAGAAAGCGCAUCACCUCGCUGCGGGAGACUUACGGCUGGGCCCAUGAAGAAUCCCUCGCCAAAAUGCAGGAGAUUGUCAGUUUCCACGCCAAACGCAACAAGGGUGAACUAGUUGUUCAUGAACUUCACGAUGCAAGUGUGCAGAUUCUCUCCUCGGAGACGUCUGCUACACGACUAAGCACAGCCGCCACUAGCAUUGCUUCCAGCUAUAUUGCCCAUAAACAAACUGAGAAGGCUCUUGGGUUGUCUGAGGAAAUUUAUCGUCAGAUUAUCAUGAGGGAUGCCUCCAACACCAAGACCGCAAAUUUUGAUUUGACCUCCAAGGGUCGUCAGAGUCUUGUCUUCCUGGCUCAAUUCGAGCACCAUCUACACAGCCAGUCUGCCGCCGUCACGGAAAUUCUUGCUUCUCUGACUACCCAGUUUGUCUACUUCGAGGAGUUCCGCCAAAUCCUUCAGUCAAAGUCAGCUUCUUUCUACUCUGUUACCGGAUGUGCUGCUCGACUGUACACUUACCUGGUGGCGAGUGGUCGACAGUCCACCGCUAGCCGUGUUGUAGUUGAUUUUACCAACUACUUCCUCGCGAACGAAGGUAAACACAUCGGAUUCAAAGCUUCCUCCCAAGUCAAUGUCUUUAUCUUGAUGAUUUUACACUACUUCAGCACCCACCAGUCACAGGACUUUGUUCGAUCCAUUGGGAUUGCCAGUAAUACUCAUGUUAUCUCGCUUCUCAAGUCCCAGAAGUACGAUGAGGCUUGCGAUCUCGCAGUUGCCUCGUUUAAGUACAUUUCCGGACAAGAGAUCUAUCGCACUCCCGGCAUUGCUAAAUUCGUCCUUGCAUUGAGCAUGAAUGUUUGCGGUCGCAGCAUCACCCCGCAACCUAACGAAGCUAUUCGUAAAGGGCUGCUUGAUGUGUCCGCAACCAUCGUCAAAGACGUGCUCAAGGUGCUCAGUGAGCUCAAGAUCAACUUAGCUCAGAUCGGCCUCGACCACCUCAACAGUCUGAUUGGCCUCCUCGGGGCGCAAAAGGACUAUCAUACUCUGGCGACUGUGCUCACAGGUAUCUGGAACAGCCGGGAAGCCCAACGCAACUGGGAUCCCUAUGUUACCUUUUCCUUUGGCCGUCUCUUCAUCAUGGCUCGCUACCUUAUUGGCGACACUACCGCUGCGGUUCGCCUGGCAGAGGAUAUUGUAUAUAACUGCCGUCGUGUGCACGGAGUCCGCCACCCCAGUACCCUGGAAACCAGCAUUCUUUUGUCGCAACUCUACACCAGCGUCGCCCAGCGGUAUCACGCACACAAGGACGGCCAGGAACUCGCCAACCGAUACUACAAGAAGAGCGCCGCUUUGCAUGAGAAUAUACUCCGCGCGUUUAGCGAUCCCAAUUUCGACGAACUCGAGGGAAACCUCGAUGGCAGCCGCAGUAUCGAUGGCUCUACGCUCGAACUUGACCUUGCCGAGUCAUCUAUCCCGGGCACCGUAUCCGCCGGGGAACAAGUUCGCCGCCACCUGCAGCUCUUCAAGCUUUCCAUUCAACGACUUGGCGGCUGGCCCAAGGACUACAGCGAGUACGAGCGUCUGAACACUGAACUGUUCACCGAGUACCCGGCUGAACUGCAGGGUGUCGAAGGUGUGGAGAAAUGGAAUCUCAAGGCCUUUGGCAGUGGCAAGGCAGAGAGCAAUGAUGACCAGGUCAAUGAGGAUUUCAAGGACUGGCAAUUAUUUAACGUGCAAACGACCGUUGGGGAGUCUCUGGAGGAGGAGCUCUCCGCAGCGGUGACAGUGUGCAGCACUACGAACGUCGAGUCGCUAGCACGAGAACUCCGGUCAAACCUGACGUGUUCCGCGAUUCUGACACCAGAUUCUGAAGGCUACACAGAGAGCAUCGAGCGGUGGACUGAUACCACUGAACGAAAGCCAGGAAUCGUACUGUACGCUGGUUCGACGGAAGAUAUUUCUGCAACAAUUCUCGGCUGUCGUAAACACAAUGUCUCGUUUGCGGUCUCCGGCGGGAGGCAUUCCACCAGUGGUGCUUCCUCGAUUCACGGGGGAGUGGCCAUUGAUUUGCGUCGAAUGCGCAGGGUGGCAGUUGAUCCAAACACGAAGACAAUCAAAGUCCAGGGCGGUUGUAUCUGGCAGGAUGUUGAUGAAGCUGCUGGCGAGCACGGGCUCGCGACAGUCGGAGGCACAGUCAAUGAUACCGGAGUUGGCGGGCUCACACUGGGAGGCGGUUAUGGCUGGCUUUCUGGCCGCCAUGGCCUUGUAAUAGACAACCUGCUAGCUGUGGAAAUCGUGUUAGCUGAUGGCAGUAGCAGAACGGCAUCAAGAGAGCAGAACCCCGACUUGUUCUGGGCCGUUCGGGGCGCCGGGCAGUGUUUUGGCGUGGUCACGGAAUUUACAUUCCAGGCCCAUGAUCAAAAGAACCGUGUCUGGGCCGGUGUUCUCGGAUAUCACGUAGAGAAUCUGGAAACACUGGUCAGCUUUGCGAACGACUUGGUGGCAUCAACAAAUGGCGACUCGGGGAUGAUGGUGCAAAUCUCCAGCCAGGAAUUCACUCAGGGCAAACUAGCUGCUAUCGCAAUAGUGUUCCACAACGGUGCGGUCGAGGCUGCUCAGUCGGUAUUCCAGCCGCUUCUUGAUUUGAAUCCUCUUCUCAACACUGCCAUCGAGCGUCCGUACUGUGAGGUCAACGGCAUGAUGAACCCCAAGGGUGGUCGCGGCUUCCGCAGCGUCUUCAAAGGGGUGGCAUUCACAACACCGCUGCGACCCGCAUUCAUGAGGGAGAUUCUGAUUCCGGAGCUCAACCGGCUAUACCAAGUUGUGCCAGCAUCCAGACAGACACUCAUUAUGUUCGAAUUCUUCCGGUCUGAAAAAUGGUGUGAGAUUCCAGUUACAGAAACGGCCUUCGGGCACCGCGGCCCUCAUCAAAAUGCAGUGAUUGCGGCCCGCUGGCGCAAUGACGAGGACGACGAGGCUGCACGUCAAUGGACGCGAGCUGUAGCGAAGUUGGUUGUACUAGAGCGUCAACAGCGAUGGCGUGAGCAGGGAGUGACACCGGAUGAAAUUCUUAUCACGGAGUAUGGCAACUAUGACCAUUUGUCCGCAAAGCCUCGCAAUGUCUUUGGGGUCAAUCUUGAGCGGCUGAUCGAGAUCAAGAAGAAAUAUGAUCCCGAAAACAUAUUCAACAAGUCAUAUAUCCUCUAG